AUGUCCUGCUACGACCUGUGCUCCAGUGCCGGCUCCGGCGUGUUGCGGCCCCAGCCCCUGGCUGACAGCGGGAACGAGCCCUGCGUGCGCCAGUGCCCCGACUCCACCACCGUCAUCCAGCCUCCCGCCGUGGUGGUCACCUUCCCCGGGCCCAUCCUGAGCUCCUUCCCGCAGGAUUCCGUGGUGGGAUCGGCUGGAGCGCCCGUCCUUGCAGCCUCUGGGGGCUAUGGGGGUUACGGUUCCCUGGGCUAUGGGGGAUUUGGAUAUGGUGGCUAUGGGGGUUACGGAUAUGGGGGCUAUGGGGGUCUCUAUGGAUAUGGGGGCUCCUCCCUGGGCUCCUUUGGGGGUCUGGGCUCCUGUGGGGGGUUCCGUGGUCUGUACGGCUCUGGCCGAUCCUUUGGCUACUGCGGCCCUUGGUCCGGCCGCUACGGCCGCUACCGCCGCGGCAGCUGCGGCUCCUGCUAA